AUGGUCAACGCUGAAUCGUCUUCUUCACAAAAUCAAAAUGCCUCAUCUUAUCCCUAUAAAAAUAAUAAUGUUAAUAUCUUAUCCAAUCUGGACAGUACACAUGGAUAUGUGGAUUUAAAGUGUAUAAAGGGGAAAAGUCUUCGAGAACGAUUUCACGAAUUAUUAUCGUCAUCCUCCUCCACAUCUUCGGUUUCAAUCAAAUAUGAAUUAGACAAUCGUAUUGAUCGUUUCAAAGAAGCUUGUCUCCAGUUAAUCGGUAAAGAUUCAAUCAGUCUAAAAGAACUUGGCACUUCUGCUAUAUUCAUACUACUCGGUGAUAUGGGUGAUCAAUUCGUAGAGUUGAUUAGUCGUAGUGUCUCCGUCGUGGAUAUACCACGUCAUUGUUCCCUGAAACAAUUCAAACCGAAAAUAUUGUGUAAAAUUGGAGCUUCUGGUGCUGUUAAUGUUGAUUUAGCCUGGAUAGAUGUAUGCAAAUGUUUAGGGUCGUUGUUAGCCUAUCAUCCAUUUAAAACAGUUGAUCGUGAACAAUUCAGUGAGCUAUUUCGUCAAUGUCGUGUUGUUUCACAAAAUGAAGAACUUAUUCUAAAACUUGUAAAUAAUAAUUAUAAUUCUACUAGUAGUAGUCAUAAGCAAAGAAAAGCAUUUCAUCGGAGUACAUCUAGCAAAAAGAAUCCUGGUGAAAAAAGGAAUGGAAGUGUAGAAAAACAGGAGGAUGGCUGUAGUUAUGCGCUUCAAGAGGACGAUGUGACUGAUCCAUUCAGGCGACUUCUUCUAGCUCCUCUGCUUGAACAAAAUAAGAAGAAAUCUAUCAACCAACCAGAAGCUGCUUCUUCGUCGUCUACGUCGCUACAGUCGACCAGUCUUUCUAUGCUAACAAACAAGUUAUCUCAUAAAGCUAGACAAUUAGACAUCUCGGAUGAACAAUUUAUUCAAAUGAUCUUUGAUAUUUUAGCCUCUUCUAAGUCAAGCGAUGAAGUACAAGAAGAGUUAUUCGAAUUAAUCGGAUUGGAUUGUGUGGAUAUUGUCUUCGAUCUGGUAAAUCGACGUGAUGAAUGGAUAAAUGUUUACUUUCCAAGUGAUGAUCAGAAAUCUGCUGAAGAAGCUAGCUGUACUGAUCAGAAUCAAGUUAAAAAUGAUCAAAAAGGAUCAAAUGCUGCACUCAUUGAACGCUUGUUAACUGAUCCAAUCAGUGCAUCGAAUAGUAUACAGGCUAGAAUCGAGGUGAAUGCCAACCAGACAAUGGAACGUUUACGUAAAGCUUUAGCUAAUCGUUCUACUUCUUCACAGUUGAAUACUAUGCCGUAUGUUUUCGACGCAUCAGCUGAACUACGUAAAACAGUCAACAUUGGAGAUACUUCAAAGCUUUUAUUGCCGGAGAAUGUAAAGUUUCAACAGUCGACAAUCUGUGAUCAAGUUGAUUUCCCGUUAUCUUCUAAACCACCAGAAGAUUUACUCAAUGUAGAACGUGUAAAAAUUAAAUCAUUAGAUGAAGUUGGUCAGAUGGUAUUUCAAGGCAUAAAAGAAUUGAAUUUAAUCCAAUCUGUGGUCUAUCCAACUGCCUAUCAUACAUCAGAGAAUCUUCUGGUCUCAGCACCAACUGGUGCGGGUAAAACAAAUGUUGCCUUACUGACAAUUGUUCAUCUACUACGUUCACAUAUGAAAGGUGAUAAUGUAUUAGAUUUAAAAGCUUUUAAAAUUGUAUAUUUAGCACCAAUGAAAGCACUUGCAGCUGAAAUGGCCGACACCUUUUCAAAACGUCUUAGUCCUUUAGGUGUACGUGUUAGAGAGUGUACUGGUGAUAUACAGCUGAGUAAACAAGAAAUACUUGAGACCCAGAUGCUUGUUAGUACACCAGAGAAAUGGGAUGUUAUCUCUCGUAAAGGGACUGGUGAUGCUACUCUAGUGAAAUUAGUUAAAUUGCUUAUCAUUGAUGAAGUUCAUUUAUUACAUGAAGAUCGUGGUGCUGUUAUUGAAGCUCUGGUGGCAAGAACAUUACGUCAAGUUGAAAGUUCCCAGACAAUGAUACGGCUAGUUGGUCUGUCAGCCACACUACCAAACUAUAUAGAUGUUGCUCGUUUCCUUUGUGUUAAUCUACAACGUGGUUUAUUCUACUUUGAUUCAAGAUUUCGACCAGUUCCCCUUGGAAUGUCAUUUAUUGGUAUACGUGGAGCUAAUCGUAGAGUACAAGAUGUGAAUAUGAGUUCAGUGUGUUAUGAUAAGGUUUUAGAACAAGUGAAAAAAGGGGAACAAGUAAUGGUAUUUGUUCAUGCUCGUGGUGAUACCUUUAGAACAGCUCGUGGACUACGCACAUCAGCACAACAACUUGGUCAUAUGGCGUAUUUUCGUAAUGAAGAUAAUUCUUCAGUGAAAAUGUGUUUAAAAAAGAUACAAAAAUCGUCUGAUUCAGCUAUUAAAGAUCUAGUUCCAGAUGGUUUCGCUUGUCAUCAUGCUGGUAUGCUACGUGUUGAUCGUAGCCUUGUUGAAAAGUUGUUUGCUGAUGGAUAUAUACGCGUGUUGGUGUGUACCGCGACUCUGGCUUGGGGUGUGAAUCUUCCAGCGCAUGCGGUUAUUAUCAAAGGUACACGUGUAUAUAAGGCAGAGAAAUCAGAUUUUGACAAUUUAGAUGUAUUGGAUGUACUGCAGAUAUUUGGUCGUGCUGGUCGACCACAGUUUGACACAUAUGGUCAAGCAACAUUGAUAACUACUCAAGACUCUUUGGUGCAUUAUUUACGUUUAAUUACAAAUCAAGGACCAAUUGAAAGUACUUUACUAGCUAACCUACAUGAUCAUUUGAAUGCAGAGAUUGCUUUAGGCACUGUCUCAAAUAUUGAUGAAGCUGUCACUUGGUUGAGUUAUACCUACCUAUUUAUUCGUCUAAGGCAGAAUCCUCUUCAAUAUGGUUUAACUACAGCUAUACUCGAACGUGAUCCAGAUCUAGUUGAAUUUUUAGGCCGUGUUGUCAGAACUUGUGCUACUGACUUAGAUUCAGCUGAAAUGAUACGUUAUGAACCAGCUACUGGGCAGUUGGCUUCAACAGAUCGUGGACGUACAGCUAGUUUAUAUUAUAUACGUUAUGCAACUGCUGCAAUGGUGAAAGAUGCCUUAGAGCCGACAAUGAUGAUUCCACAGAUAUUUACUAUGCUUAGUGAAGCGGCUGAGUUUGCAUCAAUGAAGGUUCGUGAAGAAGAAGGCACAGAGCUUGUUGAUAUCAAAAAUAAUGUCUGUCAUCUACCCAUUCAACAGGCUGGUACAGUUGAUACAGAUGUUGUAGCUAAAGUCAAUGUCCUGCUACAAGGUUAUAUUAGUCGACAUAUGCCCAGCUGUCAUUCACUAAUGUCUGAUAUGAAUUUUGUUCAACAAAACGCCGGUCGACUAGUUAGAUAUUUGUUUGAAAUUUCAUUGCGUCAAGGUUGGUCACAAUGUGCUAGUAUUACACUGACAUUAGCUAAAAUGUUUGAACAACGACUGUGGGAUGGACAAAGUCCAUUAUGGCAAUUUGUAGAAAAUGGGAAACAGCGGUUAAUUCAACGUGUUGAAGAACUUCACCUGUCAAUUGAUCGAAUACGUGAAAUUGAUGUCAAUGAAUUAGCUUUCUUAUUUCACUAUCAAGGGAAAGAAGGUGCACGAGAGAUUAGUCGAUUAGCUUCAUAUUUGCCUAGAAUUCAAUUAGAUGUUGAAUCACAACCAAUCACGCGUACAAUACUUCGUGUAAAGUUAACUCUUCAACCUGAUUUCACAUGGUCAAAUCAUAUACACGGUUUACAACAAUCCUAUUGGGUAUGGAUUGAAGAUCCUGAUCAAGGUGUAAUAUUUCACUCAGAAUAUUGGACAUUAAAUAAACGUAUGUACAGUACAAAAACACCUCAAGUGCUAAAUUUUACUAUUCCAUUGUAUGAACCAUAUCCAAAUCAAUAUUUUGUACGUGUUCUCAGUGAUUGUUGGCUUGGUGCUGAUUCUACAUGUCCAGUGUCAUUUAAACGUCUUAUUCUGCCUAGCAGUGAUCCACCGCAUACAGAUCUCCUUCGAUUACAGCCUUUGCCUAUUACAGCAUUGAAAAAUUCCAAUUAUGAAUUAUUAUACAAUUUUACUCACUUUAAUCCAAUUCAAACCCAACUAUUUCAUACACUGUAUCAUCAAAAUGUUAAUGUGUUGUUGGGUGCACCAACAGGAUCUGGGAAAACUGUAGCUGCAGAACUAGCCAUCUUUCGUGUUUUCAAUGAAUCACCUAAACAGAAGUGUGUGUAUAUCGCCCCAUUGAAAGCACUUGUCCGUGAACGUAUUGAAGAUUGGAGUAUUCGAAUUGGUCAAAAGUUGAAGAAACGGGUUGUUGAAUUAACUGGUGAUGUAACACCUGACAUCCAGCAUCUAUUACGUUCUGAUUUAAUUGUUACUACACCAGAGAAAUGGGAUGGUAUAUCACGUUCAUGGCAGCAUAGAUCAUAUGUUCGUCAAGUCGCUUUAAUUGUUAUCGAUGAAAUUCACUUACUUGGUGAAGAACGUGGUCCUGUUCUUGAAGUUCUUGUUUCACGAGCCAAUUACAUCGCAAAUCAACUUGGCCAGUCUGUUAGAAUAAUUGGUUUAUCCACUGCUUUAGCGAAUGCCCCCGAUCUGGCGGCUUGGUUGCAUAUACCAUCUACAAUGACGUCUAUCUCAGAAGUAGCCUCGAUAUCAGGUGUUAGCUAUGGCCUGACGGGUAGAGGUUUAUUCAACUUUCGACCGUCAGUUAGACCAGUCCCAUUGGAGGUUCAUAUUCAAGGCUAUCCUGGGAGACAUUAUUGUCCACGUAUGGCUACAAUGAAUCGACCGAUAUAUCAAGCUAUUCGCAGUCAUUCACCGACAAAACCUGUACUAAUAUUUGUAUCAAGUCGUCGUCAGACUAGGCUAACUGCGCUGGAUUUAGUCAGCUUUGUUGCCGCCUCUGAAGAUUCUAAAUGUUGGCUACACAUGAAACCAGAAGAGAUGGAAUUAAUUUGUGAAAAUAUACAAGAAGCAAAUCUCCGAUUAACUUUAACCUUUGGGAUUGGAUUACAUCAUGCUGGUCUGCAGAAUAAAGAUCGUUCAUUAGUUGAAGAAUUAUUUGCAAAUCAAAAAAUUCAAAUAUUAAUCGCCACUUCAACAUUAGCUUGGGGUGUAAAUUUUCCAGCGCAUUUAGUUAUUGUCAAAGGUACUGAAUAUUAUGAUGGCAAAACAAAGACAUAUGUAGAUUAUCCAAUAACUGAUGUUCUACAGAUGAUGGGACGUGCUGGACGUCCACAAUUCGACGACCAAGGUAAAGCUGUAAUUAUGGUACAGAAUUCAAAGAAAACAUUUUAUAAAAGAUUUUUGUAUGAACCAUUCCCUGUUGAGAGUUAUUUAAUUCAUGUACUGCCGGAUCAUUUAAAUGCUGAAAUUGUUGCCGGUACAGUAACAACUAUGCAAGAAGCAUUGGAUUAUUUAACAUGGACAUUCUUUUUUCGACGUCUCUAUUCAAAUCCAUGUUAUUAUGGUUUAGAGGAUUGUGAACCGCAAUCAGUGAAUACCUUUCUAUCAGGUAUCAUUACAUCAGCAUGCCAACAUUUGGCUGAAUCUUCAUGUUUACAUAAAGAUGCAAUUAGUGAACAAAUGUUAGUAUCAACACCACUCGGUCGAUUAGCUUCAUAUUACUAUUUAUCACAUUUAACUAUGAAAUUAUUCACGAGUACAAUUCGACCAACAUCAGAUGUGCAUGAACUAUUGAAAAUAUUAUCAAAUGCUCAUGAAUACUAUUUAUUACCUGUUCGACAUAAUGAAGAUGAAAUGAAUAAACUACUGGCGAAUCAAUUACCACUACCAGCUAUCGGUCCAAUGGAUUCACCGCAUACAAAAACUCAUUUACUAUUUCAAGCGCAUUUUUCACGUAUUGAAGAGUUACCGAUUGUUGACUACAAGACGGAUACACGUUCUGUACUAGAUCAAGCGAUAAGAAUAUUACAAGCUAUGUUAGAUGUUAGCGCUGAAUGUGGAUGGCUGCGUACUUGUUUAAAUUGUAUCCUGCUAAUGCAAAUGAUUACGCAAGGAUUAUGGGUUGAAGAAUAUGGUAGUAGUCUUCUACAAUUACCGAGAAUAACACGUGAACAUUUAGAUUAUUUCAGAGGAAAUCAUAAUACAAAUAUAAACUCACUACCUGAACUUAUUGAUUAUGUUGCAUCAUCACCUAAUCGAUUAGAUUCUAUGCUACGAGGUCACAUGGAGCCGAAUAUCAUUAAUCUUGUCAAACAAGCAGUGAAACGUUUUCCUCUAAUUGAAAUCCAUUCAUGUUUAAUUGGUCCAAAUCCAUCCUUAUCAUCAUCGCUUCAGUCAACAGUUAGAGAAUUUAUUAUCAAUAAUAAAACUGGUCAAAGUUCAAACUGUUUAACAGUAUACUCUGAUAUAGAAUAUGUUCUGCGUAUUGAAUUGUUGCGUUCAUCGCUUGAUAAUGAAUAUUAUGGAAAUAAACCAGUCAUUACAGCCUCUUUAAUCAAAUCCAAAUCCUACGAAGGUUGGUUCCUUCUGUUGGGGAAUUGUGAAGUCAACAUCAACACUGGUGGAGAGUUGCUAGUGCUUAAACGUGUACCACCGAAAUCAGUUGUAAUUCACAAAAAACAUCAUACAUCGAAAGGAAAACAUUUUAUCAAUUUAAUGGUAAAAUUCCCGCCGCCAAUAACACUAACACCAUCAUCAGCGGACAGUAAUCGUGGUGUUGAUGGUAUCAUUCCUUCCCUGGAAUGUAGACAACGUUAUCAACUCACUUUAUUCCUAAUGUCAGAUACUUAUUUAGGAUUAGAUCAACAGAUUGAUUUACUGUUCGACGUGAUUCGUAAACCACCACCACCACCACCACCUGAGAAUGACAAAGAUGAUGGCGACUUUGUUGGUGAUGAUGAUUAUGAUGAUGA